GGUUUUGUUGUUUCAAUAUAGCACACGGACAACGUUGAUUCAGUUUACCCAGCGACCAAAAGCGUCUAGCUUGCAUGACGCUGUGGACAGCUCCUGGCUUUCUCGUAAAGAAUCGGGUUCCACCAUGCAUUUUGCCACUCAUAUCUAAGUCACACAUUCGACAUAAUGUCAUACCUGGGACAAACACAGUACAAACCAACUGGACCACGUUCAAAUAAGACUGACACACAGACCUCUAUCCCGGAGGACGACUCAGUGGUGAAGCUGAUGGGGACCGAAAAAUACACCAAGAGGUCUAUUUGGCUGCAGGGUCUCAAGGAACAUGUCUAGGUAAAGUUUCUCCCCCAAAGGAGUCUUGUUAAAGAAAACGUAGAGGCACUGGCGGAAAGCGGCAAAAAACCAGCGCCGAAAGGGACAGAACGUGAUUGAGGGAAAGAGAGGGAACGGACUGACUGUAGAAGGGUCGGUCGAUCCAUGCUCGCGUUCCCCAGCCAAAGGAGAAGAGAAAUUCCAACAACCAGAAAUCAUCGCUGAGCUAACAAACCACACACUUUGGGGGUGUUGUGUUUGGUGAAGGUGACAAUUGAGUAAAACACUCAGAUCUUUUUGAAAAAUCGGUCCAUGCUACUGGCCUUGACAAUCUCAACAACCGGGAGAAGAGGAUGUUGGACCCUUUAAUUAUUCAUGGGCGACGGCCUUGAAAGUAAAGGCUCCAUUAGUCAUCGAUUGACGAUAUUUGAGGUUAGAAGAUGUCCGUGGCGCCCGCAGUGAUCAAAAAGACCCAAGAGUCUUUGGGCAAGUAUCUGAGCAAACCUCCCUUAACAGAGAAGCUUUUGGCACGACCCCCGUUUCGGUUCCUCCAUGAUGUGAUCUGUGGUGUGAUCAAGCAGAAUGGCAUUUUCAAAGGGCUCUUGGAUAAUAAGGAGAUGGUCUCGGACAAUGUGACCAAGGACCGUGAUAGCAAGAUCAAGUUUCUGGAGAAGGUCAUAUUUGGCACUUCAUUCGCUAUUGGCGAGAAUCUACCCGUCAAGGCCGGGAAGAUUGUUAGUGGUCAAGAAGGAGACAAGACCAAUGAGCUUCUUCAAGCCUUGGGAAGGAUCCUGGACGAAGGCAUCGACACAUCUGAGGCAGUGAAAAGAGUGAAGAAAGGUGAGAAACCUGGAAAAUCCACUGGACCCGCAGGCAAGAAGGGAUCGAGCGAUAAGAAGGGCAAAGAGAAUGUUCCCCAAUCGCGAAGAGGAUCCAAAGGUGCAGUCACCGGUGUCAAAGACAAGGGUGGCAAGUCCAGUCAACCAUCGCGCGAGUCCACGGCCAAGUCCACACGCAGCAUUUCCUCAGCCAAACCAAUCGAGACAAUCAACGAGGACUCAAAUGAGGCGGCACCUCUCGAUGAAAAUGGACCAAUGGAGACACUCAGCGAGGAACCGGCACCCCCGAAGAACGGCCACCCAGAACCCGAGCAAGAUGAACUUAUCACUAACGGACAUAACUUAGACGACCAAGAGGAAUCAGCCAUUGGUGGUCUAGAAGAUGAGCAAAAUCUUGGUUUGGAGCCACAAUUGGACGCUCCAGCAAAUAAUGAGCCCCAGGAGUUUCAGGAAAUGGAACCCAACUUGCCCGAAGAAGACCCAGAUCAGCACAGCAUGAAUGAACGACCUAGGACCUCAGCUCCUUCUGCUCGUCCUAGGACGUCAGGUAGUCAGCGAAGUCCUCCGGUCGAACCUCCUGAGGAAAACGCGCCAGAACCGUCAUUCCCAUUACCAACCGCUCAAGGUCCGACCCCACGACCUGGCAGUGCUAUGAGAAGUGCCCGACCACGAACGGGCCGCCUGAAAUCCGGCCGUCCUCCGUCUGCCCGACCGGCCGCUCCUCGAUUGAAAGACAAAGUGGAAAUUCAAACGGAGGAGGCAAUCCAGGCCCGACCGCAAACGGGUCGGGUGGCAAAUGUGAUCUUGGCCGGCGAUGAAAAGGACGACGACGAUGAUGGCGAAGAGUUUCUAGUUGAGGAGAAGCCAAAGGACGACCUUGAUUUUCUCACGGAGAAUUCGGGAUCCCUACAGGCAGACCCUGAGGCACUUCAAUCUGGAGCUCAAGAGCAUGGAGGGCUUGUGCAGCAAAUCCUGGAGACCCAGAAGGAACUCGAAGAAAAGCCUAAGGAGAAGAAAGGCGUUGAAAUUGAACGGGAUUCAGGCUUGAGCGACAUUGGGAAGCGCAGGGAUCGCGAAUCUACCCAAAGAGAGGUGGAUAAAUUGAGGUCGUCCAUUCAGACGCUCACUCGAUCCGCGAAUCCUUUAGGAAAACUGAUGGAUUUCUUACAAGAGGACGUAGACGCUAUGCAAAGAGAAUUGGAAACUUGGAAAAACGAGAAUCGCCGCAUGCAAUUGGACCUGAAACAAGAGCAAGCAAUGACGGAAAAAUCUAUUGAACCAUUGAAAAUCCAUCUCGCGGAUUUGGAAGGAGCCGUUCAAGAACAGCUGGAUAAAAUCUCCGUGAUCAAGUCAAACAUAAUUCGAAAUGAGGAGCGAAUCUACCGCAUGAUCACUUCCAUUGGCACCACGUCAGUUGGAUCUGGAGGUGGAAGGUAAAGCAGAUCGACCCCCAUCUUUUUUGUGGAGACUGCACCCAUCCACCAACAUUCCAUCUACUUGUUACAAUACAACAAUACUAGCUACAAAGAAAAUACACCUUAUAAACUAUCAGAAAUCAAACUAAAAGUUACUGUAUGAGCUUCCUUGGACAAGGACGACGUCACCACUGGACAACGAUGGUAGUGGGAG